AUGCCGGGAAAAUUGAUUGAGGCGAAGGAUUUAACGGUAUCUUCUCAUCCUCAUGAACAGUUGAAGCAACUUCUUCAGCUGCCCCACGAGUCCUGGCUGCCCAUCCUCCAACAUCCGUGUGACUUUGAUCCUACCGUCUUCGAAAGUGUUUCUCUCAAUCUGCUGAAGAAUCCAAAUAUCAAUUCAAGCUUGCUUUUUCGUGCUGACAUUCUCUACGACAGCAAAGAUGAUGAAGCCACAGAUGAUUCACUAUCACGGGAAGAGAAGAGACAAGCAUUGGAAGCAUAUAAGAUAUUGGAUGGAGGAUUCCAUGGCUUUGAGUUGGGAAGGACACUUCUUCGGAGAAUGAUACCUCGCAAUCCGCAGUUGGACAAGCCCAUGCUUCAGACAUGUGUAUUCCUCAAAUCGACACCAGCUUCACAUGCAGAAAGAACCCUCGUUGUAUACAUCCCUCAUGCUUCUUCCAUUGACGAGAUACCGUGGUAUCAUCCGCGCGUUCAAGCACUUGCGUACAUGCACGAUUGGUCUCACUCGACGCAAAAAGAUCGCUCAGGCUCUGUCUCACUUCACUUUCGUCUUUAUUCUUUUGAGACCUUACCUCUUUCCUCACGUCUUCAGCGGACUGCCCAACAUCUCCUCUCUACAGUCCACAAGCAUGGACAGGGUCUCUUGGCCGGCUACCAGAAACAAGUGAAUCAUGACCAGAUCAUCUCGCAACAGCGAGUGCAGGAUAAGUAUUCUGAAUUGAAGAAGACGCAUGCCAAGAGACUUUGUGACAAUUGGGUUGAGCAGACAGAGCCUAGCAAACAUGUGUUUGAGGAUCUCGGGAUCGCAGCGUUCUUGAUUGAGCUGUGGAAAGACACGUAUACUUCAGAUGAUGACUGGCUGAAGAUUGAUGAUCAUGCUAGCAAAAGCCAAAAGCCAGUAUUUCCCGGCUUUGUCGACAUCGGCUGCGGCAACGGCGUCCUGGUUGACAUUCUCAUCCGAGAAGGAUACUCUGGCUGGGGAUUUGAUGCCCGAAAACGGAAGACGUGGGCCACGUUUGAUUCCCGUAUCCGAAAGAAUCUGAAAGAGCUGAUUCUCGUUCCUAAGCCAUUCACGCACAAUUCACCGCAGAUGAGACCUGCCGAUCAGGCUGACGGCCACCAAGCUUCACACAGGUGGUCCAUUUCCUCAGCGCUGAAGCACUGUAAGUCUGCAGAUACACCAGCGUAUCAUGACGGUAUAUUCCCCAUUGGCACUUUCAUCAUCUCCAAUCAUGCAGAUGAGCUCACUCCUUGGACGCCACUGUUGGCUUCACUCUCAUCCUCACCCUUCCUUUGCAUCCCCUGCUGCUCACAUAAUCUUUCUGGCCAGCGCUUCCGCGCUCCUUCUGUCUUCAAUGGCAACUCAGCUGAUGGUCUUGCUCCAUUAUACUUUGCGGAUCAGGUCAAGAGGGGUAAAGGUGUCCCCAUCGUCACUGCUCAUACCGACAACGAGGAGAUGUAUGCACCAAAUCAAGCAGCUGAGCAAGGCGACUUAAAGGCGCUUAAGGCUUCGGAGAGGAAGAAGCAGCCUUCGGCCUACGCAAGCCUUUGCGACUGGGUGACUGAGCUUUCGAUGCGAGUUGGGUAUGAUGUUGAGAAGGAGAUGCUGAGGCUGCCUAGCACUAGGAAUCUGGGUAUUGUUGGAAGGCAUCCGCGAGAGGGCUUCAAGGGCUUGACGCUAGAAGCUAAGAUGGAGCGUGUCAUACAGAUAGUCAAGGAGGAGAAAGCAGAUGGCAAAGUAUGGAUGGAUCGUGCACACGGCUUGGUCAAAGGGCAAGGACCGAUGCAUUGA